AACGCAAAAAUUAUGUGACAAUUCAUUGUACUGGUUAUUUAAAGAGUUGGCCGUCAUCCAAGAUACCAUUACAUGAUGAUCCUGAAGACACGUUUGGUGAAGACUGUAUACUCAGCUGUUUGGUUGCUAUAGCCAGAGUACAGCCAUCUCAAAUUCCCCAAUCAACUGGAUCUAACAGUGCAGAGAUCGUACCAACAGAGUUUGUAUCACGACAUGCUAUGGAUGGACGAUUCACUUUUGUCGACCAAAGAGCGACUGCUAUACUAGGUUUUCUACCUCAAGAACUAUUGGGUACAUCAUGUUAUGAAUAUUAUCAUGCAGAUGACAUCCCUCCACUAGCUGAGAGUCACAAAGCUGUUUUGGCUGGUAAAGAUAAGAUUAUGACGACUGUGUAUAGAUUCCGAGCCAAAAAUGGCAAAUUUGUAAAAAUGAGAACCAAAUCAUUCUGUUUUCGAAAUCCUUGGACCAAAGAAGUAGAAUAUAUUGUUUGUACGAAUACAUUGAUUUCGUGUCCAGAGACUGCUGACUUGUCAAGUUUUAACGUAGAUGAGGAUGUUGGCAAAAUCAACAUUAAAGAACCAAUCUCAGUACCAGGAAUUCCAUGUUCAACUAGAAUAGGGGCUGGGAAAAUUGGAAGGAUGAUUGCUGAUGAGAUUGAUAAUGUAGAUCUGGAGAUUAGGUCUCCCAUUGAAGCUGAGGGUAGCAGUAGUAGGUGUCAAGGUACCUUGUCUUCAACAGUCUCUCUAUCCUGCAGUGACAGUCAUCUUCGGAGUACUGAAUACGACGGUGGAACAACAACAAACACCACAAGUAAAAAUGCUGACUUAUCCUCGCUUAGUAGGCAGACCCCAAACACGAAUUUGGCAUCAAGCUCAGUGCAAGGCAAAGCCAGCAACCAAAGUGGUAAAUCCACGGAGAGUACAAGUCAACUGGCCCAGAUGCUGGCAUCAACCAGAAGUACAGUUCAAAUGACUGAUCUACUUGACAGAUUCCUAGACAAGCCUAGCAUAGUUACACAGGCAACUACUUCAAACUCACCAGUUACCAUUAGUUGCAGUGAUAAUGAUGACUCGGCCAUGUCUGUCAUAAUGAAUCUCUUAGAAACAGACGCUGGACUCAGUGGCCCUAUGGAUGUUAAUGAUUUGUCUUGGUCAUUGUAAGGGACAUUUGUAUUGGCUCUGCCGUAUCUCAAUAUUAUUUAUAGCUUUAUCACCGGAUUGGUGUGUUGUGUGUUUUUUUCGGCACUUUGUCAUAACAAGACCAGUUUUAUUUUUUUCUAUCUUUCUAAAGUGGGUAUGUUUCAUAACAAUUUUUGAAGCUCAUUGUAUACAGUGAUAUUUAUGAAUGCUACUCAAUUCUCAGUACGUUGUAUAUGAAUGUGUGCAAUGUUUUGUGCAUUGCAUCAAUGUUCAGUGUAUUUUCCAGGUACAAACUUGUUAGAGGUUGUCUCAUAUAUGCUUGAAAUAGUAUUGUAAGUCAAAAUGUUAAUCUUAUUAAAAUUUAGAUUUUCACUUGGUUUUAGCUACCAAGAAUAUGAAACCAAAAUCAACUUGUCCUAGUAACGAGUUUUGAAAAAACGAAAAAAAUAAAUUGGCAUUAUUUGAUCGCCUAUUAACCCUGACAGUUGAUAUGAUUCAAAUACUGGUAGUUUUGGAUUCUCAGUCAAGCAGGGGCUUAAUAAACUUUGUAAUCAUAACUUUACUGGUACUUUUUGGUUUAAUAUAUUUUGAUGUUUUCCAGUAUGGCAUGCUAAAACAAACAACAUAAGUUCUAAAUAGGGAUAACAAAAAAUCAUUUUAUGCCAUUUUCUUCAGUAAAAAUAUGCAAUACACGGGAUGGCAGUCACAACUGUGUCUGUAUGAUGGCUUGACUGGUAGUUCAUUGCAUUUUUAUUUGGCCUUCUAUGUAAAUCAGUGAUUACUGUUAGUACUGUAAAGCACCAAAAGUCACUACUGAAUCAAGUUGAGUUUAUCUUAACAACAUUUUUUUCUUCGCAGAUGCCUUAAAGUGACAUGUUAACUGUGUAUUCUAAUGUAUAAGAAAAAAUGAUUUCUGUAUGCAAUACAUAUGUAACAUGAAAUCCCUAUGUGCUUUAACUAUAGUUACAUGUAUCUGCACCAUACAGUACUGUCAACUAUACUGGUACCAUAUUAGCUCUCUAAUAAAAGUGAAAACCUGACCUCAGAUACACAUCUAGUGGGUUCAUAGUGAUCUACAAUUGAUACUAAUUUUGGAAAUAGAAAACAAUGACUUGAUGAUGCUGAUUAUACCUAUACCAGUGGUCUAUAAUGACUGUAUAAAAGAUAUACAUGAAUUCAGACGAUGGUUACAAAAUAAACAUGCUGGAUUACAAGUUCUGUACAGUGUAUGUCUACAGAAAUGUAACAAAAGUAGUCAGCAACACUCACAAAUGAUAAUAUAAUGUAAAAUAAUGUAAUCAGCAAUCAUUGAGUCUGACUUGCUAUUAAUUGUCAUGGUUUGCAUAUCUGGAAUGCAUGUUUCAGUCAAAAUUCACUAACAGCUGUGUAUCUUUCAGUCUAUUGUAUCAAGCACAUUAUAUUUGAGUUUGAUGAAGUACAUCCGCAUUUAAUAUGAAAACUAAUUGGUGUAUCAUGUUUGUUUUAUAUAGACAUACCUUUUAAAUAUUAGAAAUUAUUUUGAAAAGUAAUGAUAAUUGAAGCUCUCUGUGCAUGAAACCUCUGUAAGUUCAAUGUGUGUGUUGAAUAAUGUCAUUGACCCCCCCCCCCACCCAAUUGUAUUUGUAGAAAAAAAUGGUAUAAUUUGUAAUUGUCAUCCUGACCCAUUUAAUAAAAAAGCAAUAAGUUUCCUUCAUUCGGCAAUAACACUGUAAUUUUUGCAAUAUAAGUUGACACAAUGCCUAGAGAUUAAUAAAACAUGUACUUUAUUAAUCUUAAGGUUUCUUAAAGAAUAUUUAAUAUGAAUUGCAAAUACAUGUAGUGCAGCAAAAUUAUGGUGGGAAACAUACAAACCAGAAUUUUGCCAGGAAAAAUGAUUCAUACGAGAUAAUAAAAUAGAGUAAGUUACUGACAUCUGGUUUUUAUGAUCAGUGCAAAUGUCUUCAUUCUGUUCAAUUAUUACUAAAUAUUAUCUAUUAUAUAUCGUAAUGUUCAGCAGUAACAGAAAUGUGUGAUAUUCUAAAGUUUAAUUUUGCAUUCAAAACCACAAGGUACAAACUAGCUUCGUUUUAUACUAGUGCCAUAUAUUAAAACAACUUGUGGAAAUUAGAAGGCUGCAUGCCAUAGUCAUGUGUUAUCAAUAACAGUAUAUGAAGUAAUAUUUAUGUGGCACUUAUUGUGAAAAACAGUGCAACGGAAUGGGUCUAAAAUUUCCAUAUUUUUGAAAUAUAUGUAUUUGGCAUUAUUAAAUAUUGUUCCCUUGAAUGAUACCAAUUCUGGUAGCUCUAGGCAAAGUCAGAAACUUUAAUGGCUGCUAUUGUAAUUCAGCUCAUUAGUUCUAUGCAUUGAGGUGACCACAAGUAGUGAAAUCACAAACUAUUGUUUACUAUUGUACUUAAAUUCUGGUAUUGCAAGUACUCCCUCCCAUUAUUACCAUGUUUAUGUCAAUUGCAUAUCCAGCUUAAUUAUGCAAAUUGAGAAAGAUGUAAAUUAUUUAUAUUUCAUGUUGUGUACAAUUUUAUACUAAGAUUUGAUAUUGUCUUAAAAUAUUUAAAUGUCCAGCAAAUUAAAUUGGCCUUUAUCAUAUCUCUUGUGAAAUGAAACGUAUUUCUAACUUAUAAUAAUAUAAUUUUAAAUAUAUAGUAUCUAUUAAAUUCAGAUAAAGAUUAUAGAUAAGCUUUAUUGAUAUUUUAAAACAAAUUGUUAACCAUGUAAGUUAUAUUUGUUUACUACAACCGCAAACUCGUUGAAAGAUUCUCUCAGUGUGCAAAUUUAAAAUUGUAAGUUUGAUUGCAUAUGUGUGUGUUUUUGAGCCAAUGUAUCAUUUUGUUUUGUUGAGUUUAAUGUGACAUUUAGACAUAUGCUAAGAUCCUGGAGUCUUCAAUGAUUGGUUCUCUGCUGAGUACAAUGUAUUUAAGUAUCAAAUAUUUUCAUUAUUUGAUUUUAUUAUUUGGUGAAGUUCAGUAUUAUACCGGUAAUUAUUUUAGCAAAUAAUCUAUUUGGUUGAAUUCUGUUUACAUUGAUUUUUUCUGUAUGGGAACAGCUAAAUAAAGUGGCAUGCAAACAAUACUGCAAGUGA